AAAGUUGAUAGCCGCUGCAGGAUUACUAAUGGUCGGGUACCAUUAUAUCUCAAAAAGAAAAAUGAGGCGUAAGUGGGUCAAAAACUGGCUUGCUAGAAGGGAUUUGUUUGGUCACAUGCCAUUAUUAAAAGAGUUGAAUGAAAAUGAACCAAAUGAUUUGAAAAACUAUUUGAGGAUGUCAAAACCAGAUUUUGAUCGACUCUUGGAUUUACUAAGACCACACAUAACAAAACAGGAUACAGUAAUGCGCCAGGCAAUACCUGCAGAAGAACGUCUUAUAGCUACUUUACGGUUUCUAGCUACUGGCAGGUCAUAUGAGGACUUAAAAUUCAGUACAGGAAUUUCUGCACAAACUCUUGGUUCUAUUAUACCUGAGACAUGUAAGGCUAUCUAUGAAAUAUUGCAAGACACAUAUAUGAAGGUGCCUCAAACAUCUAAAGAUUGGAAAGAAGUAGCUAAUGGGUUUAAGGAUCGAUGGCAAAUGAUCAACUGUGGAGGUUGUAUUGAUGGCAAACAUAUUCGCAUUUGUCAACCUGCACGUUCUGGUGCACUAUAUUAUAAUUAUAAAAACUUUUAUAGUAUUGUUCUAAUGGCUAUUGUAAAUCAUAAUUGUGAAUUCAUAUAUGUCGAUGUUGGAAUACAAGGUAGGAUAUCUGAUGGUGGCGUUAUACAAGCAACAACAUUUUACAGAAGACUACAGAAUGAAACUCUUAAUUUGCCAAAACCUACAGAUUGUGAAGAAGAUCUUAAUUUUGUAUUCAUUGGAGAUGAAGCAUUUUCUCUAGAAGAACAUGUUUUAAAACCAUUUCCACAAAAAUCCUUAAACUAUGAAAGAAGGAUUUACAAUUACCGACUAUCGAGGGCUAGAAAUGUAGUGGAAAAUGCUUUUGGUCUAAUAGCAAGUAGAUUUCGCAUUUUGCAGACAUCUAUUAAUGUCAAUCCGAAUGACACAAAGUAUAUUGUUUUAGAAAUUUGCACACUUCAUAAUUUUCUUAUAAAACACAAUUCUUCUUAUGUAAAACCUACAUCUGAAAACAGUGAGACACAAGACAUAGAAGAUAUUGAUGUAAGUGGACGAUUGUUUCCAUUACAAAACUUUAUUAAUGCAAGAAAUAGUUCAGCAGCAGCCAAAAUAAACCGAAACAAGUAUUUAGAGUAUUUUAAUGGAGUUAGAAAAGUAGUUUGGCAGGAUGACAUGAUUAAAAAAGGAAAAUCAUAA